UCGCCGGAUUUGGACGCCACGGAAGUCAGAUCCGUCCCUCCCACGCUCUGUCCCUGCAAAGGAUCCAUGGGCUCCCUCAAGCUCGGCUCCAAGCCGGACGCCUUCACCAGGCGAGGCCAAGCAUGGUUCUGCACAACCGGACUUCCCAGCGAUGUUACCGUUGAGGUCGGGGAGAUGUCUUUCCACCUCCACAAGUUCCCUCUUCUUUCAAAGAGUGCCAUCUUGGGAAGGUUGAUCGAGGAGAAUUCAGAUCAAGAUGAAUGUACCAUCAAACUGUCCGACAUCCCUGGAGGUGCAAGAUCAUUCGAGUUAGUGGCAAGGUUCUGUUAUGGUUUGAAGAUAGAACUCUCUCCAGCAAAUAUUGUCCACCUUCGAUGCGCCGCUGAAUAUCUCGAGAUGACAGAAGAAACAGCCCAGGAUAACCUCAUCCACCAGGCAGAAAUAUUCUUUAACCAAGUAGUUCUCCGCAGCUGGAAAGAUUCCCUGGAAGCACUCAAGACAUGUGAUGUCCUUCUCCCUCAUGCCGAAGACCUUCACAUUGCGAAGAGGUGCGUCGAGUCGUUGGCUGCCAAGGCUAGCAUCGAUCCAGACCUCUUUGGCUGGCCAGUAUCAGAGCACGGUGCGAUGCAUAGCCCCGGGGGCAGUGUGUUGUGGAAUGGUAUUAGCACAGGCGCUAAGCUCGGGAACUUCAGCUCAGAUUGGUGGUAUGAUGAUGCUUCAUCAUUGAGCUUCCCUACAUACAAGAGGCUUAUCUCCACUAUGGAGUCAAGAGGCGCCAAGGAGGAGAUUGUCGCCGGUUCGCUCACAUACUAUGCCAAGAAGUGUCUCCCAGGGCUGAAUAGGCGUCAAAGUAUGGGACUGGUACCCCUGAAUUCUGCUGCUGCUACCCUAUCUGAGGAAGAACAAAGGCAUUUGCUUGAGGACAUUGACAGGAUGCUGCCUCUUCAGAGAGGCCUGAUAUCCACAAAUGUUCUGCUCUGGCUGCUUCGAACUGCCAUGAUUCUGAAAGUCAACCGUGCUUGCAUUUCCAACUUGGAGAAAAGGGUCGGCAUGCAAUUAGAUGAAGCAACAUUGGAGGAUCUACUGCUGCCUAACUUCUCGUACACAAUGGACACACUCUACAACGUCGAAUGUGUGCGCAGGAUCCUUGAUCACUUCUUGGCAAUGGACCAGACCAUGGGUGGUGGCUCCCCAUGCUUGGAUGAUGUGAUGGGUUCUCCUUCACUGGCGCCGAUCACCGCCGUCGCCAAGCUGAUUGAUGGCUACCUUGCAGAGAUUGCACCAGAUAUCAACCUGAAGCCACCAAAAUUCGAAUCUCUUGCAACUGCUUUGCCUGAAUAUGCCCGGCCUCUAGACGAUGGACUUUACCGCGCCAUUGAUGUAUACUUGAAGGCGCAUUCUUGUCUACCGGAAUCCGAACGCGAGCAUCUCUGCCGGCUGAUCGACUGCCAGAAGCUGUCCCUGGAGGCAUGCACCCAUGCCGCGCAGAAUGAGCGCCUGCCGCUGCGUGUGGUGGUGCAGGUCCUCUUCUUCGAGCAGCUCCAGCUGCGGACAUCAAUCGCAGGGUGCCUGAUGGUGUCCGACAACCUGGAAGGAUCCUCACGCCCCCUCCAUGGCAGUGGCACCAUCGCGACGUCCGGCGAAGCCGGUGCCCGCUGGGUCACGUCGGCGGCGGUGAAGGAGAACCAGGCGCUCAGGGCUGGCAUGGACAGCAUGCGUCUGCGGCUGGCAGAGCUGGAGAGGGAGUGCUCCGGCAUGCGGCAGGACAUCCGGAAGCUCGGGGGCGCAGCGGGGAAGGACGGGUGGGCGGUGCGGGUCCAGCGGAUGUUCAGCCUGAAGAUGAAGCUGCAGAUGUGCAGCACCGAGGAAGGGAAGAUGAGCGACCGGCACAGGACGGCGAGCGCCAAGCUGGAGAAGCUGCAGGCCAAGGUCCCAUUUGUGAUUGUGACCCCUGUGCAAUUUCCUUGUGAGCAGGGCUUGGACGAUUCGCCGGCAGAGUCGUCGAGCUUCCGCAGCUCCACUUGUUUCCCCAGAACGAAGCGCACAAAGUGGUCUGACAGGGAACCGCUUGAUUGUUCCAAGUCGGCAGCACGGAUGAACUCGCUUGACCGGUGUUCGGAGAGGCAUCCAAUUGCUUCCUGUAGCGGCGACCAACCGCAGAGGUCAGGCAUGUUUGUUGCCACACAGGGGAAUGCUUGUCCCGUCAAUAACGGCGGUGGGAUCUAUUCGCAGUCUGGCAUGGGCUAUUCAAAUGGUCAAAAUGGGACAUACGGUGCAUAUCCGCAACAUCAGCCCUUGGAAGGCUGUAUGUAUGUGAAUGAGCAUGGGCAUAUGUGUGGGCCUUACGCACCCAAGCAGCUCUAUGAGGGGCUGUCCAGUGGUUUCUUGCCUCAAGACCUUGCUAUUUAUGCUCUUGUUGGUGGGCAAAUGCUCAAUCCUGUAGCCUUGAGUUUUCUGGAGCAGUUCCUUUCACAAUGGAAUUCUGCUGGCGCAAUCACCAUGCCGAAUGGAUCGAAGGAGAAUAAGACGGUGGCUCGUACUGAUAAAAUGGCGCUUCCAGAUGCCCUCUCAAGCGACGAGUCAUGCUGGAUGUUCGAGGACAGCGAUGGCAGCCGUCAUGGGCCACAUUCUCUUGCUGAACUUUCUUAUUGGCUUCAUAGCAGCUAUCUCCAGGAUCUUUCUAUGGUUUACCAUGUUGAUAGCAAAUUUGGUCCAUUUACACUUGUCUCAUUAAUUGAUUGGUGGAGUGGAGGUCACACAGAGCAUUCAGAAGCUUCAGAGAAUGAUUCUGGGUCAGCUAGUGAUGUGAUGGGUGACAUAGUCGAUGAUAUUAGUCAUCAGCUCCAUGCCGGUAUAAUGAAAUCAGCCCGCAAGAUUUUAGUUGAUGAAAUUUUCAGCUGUGUGCUUCCAGAAAUUAUCGCUCGUAGGAAGACUGAGAAGCAACUAGCUGCAAAAUCGAAACUCCUAGCUGUUAAGCCUGACAGUAAGAAGGCUUCAGCACUAAAGGGCAAGGCUCAUGCAAAAUCUAUUAAUCACAAAAAAGGAAACUCAUAUAAUACAGUAAGAGCAACUUCUCCCGUGUCUGUUCAGUCAACUGCGGUGCAUGCCAAAUUUGCUGAUAUAUUAUCAGCAGUUUGGCAAACUCUUUAUGACGAAUCCAUGAAGAAUAUCUGGGAUGGGAUACUGUAUGAUCCUGUUAUGGACUACUGUGGUGCAUGGAUUAAGAAAAAUCACCAUUCAAGUCUUCCUUGUACGAGUAUUCCUGGUGCCUCUGAUAAGGGAUACAAGCAAGAAGCUGAUGGACUGAAGGUAAUAUGUGAUUCAGAAUCUCAUGAGUGCGACAUGGAUUUCCCACCUGGAUUUGGGCCAAGAUUGGAGUGUGCAAGCCCCGUCUCUCUGCCGUUGUUAGACAUUGGUUCUUGCGAUGACAAAAUUAGUUGGUGGCGUGAAUCAAGUUCCACCACAUAUUUUGACCCCUCAUCAGGAGUCCAGGUAAUGCUGGCGAAUGAACUAUACGUGGCAGCAAAGGAAAGUUUGUUUCACCAUUUCAGGGAUGUUAUUGCAGAGGAGAUAACAAACUGUUUAUGCUUUGGACUUGAAGACAUCACUGAUCAGGAACUAAUUCGUACUCCUGUUCAUGCAUCAGACUCGCCUAGUUCUGCUGGAAUGGACAUUCAUGAAACACCCCCCAUUCCUUCUGAAAUGGCUCAAGAUAAAUUAUUGGAUAUUGCUAAAAUGACUACAGAUGGAAUAACCAGUCCGGCUGAAAUGACUCUAGAUGCAAUAACCAGUCCGGCUGAAACGGCUGAAGAGGCAAUAACCAGUCCGGCUGAAACGGCUCUAGAUGCAGUAACCAGUCCAGCUGAAAUGGCUCUAGAUGCAAUAACCAGUCCGGCUGAAAUGGCUGUAGAUGCAGUGUUGGUUACCGCUGAAAUAGCUACCGACACUGUACCCAGUCCUGCUGACAUGGCUGCAGGCGCAGCACCAUCUGUAUCUGAAGUGGCAACAGAUAAAAUGCCCACUUCUCAUGUGGAGCAUCAAUCCCCGUCUUCAUCUUAUGCUAGUAUAUUUGAAAAGCUGGAUGUAUCCGAGGCAGCUGAAUUGGAUGAGAGUUUUGAUGAGGUGCCUCCUGGUAUGGAGACUGGCUCAGCUUCUGUGGUGGUCAUGGACAAAAACAAAUACCGACCUUCAAAAUCAAUCAACUCUAUGCCUGGAAUUUCUAGAUAUAUCACCGUGGCUAUCUGCAGGCAGACACUGCAUAAGAAUGUUAUAGAAGAGUGGACAUCUCUCCUGUCAGAUACUAUCAGCGAGUGCCUUGAUUCAUGGUAUACCAAGCAGACUGUUGUGCCUAAAAACAUCGACAGAUCAUUGGGACCUAGUAAAGAAUAUGCCUACUACAGAAAGAGACAGUUAAGGAACAGCUGUGAAGCAGUGUCAUCCGAAAAAGCAGUGGGAACUCCAAUGGAUGAGCAGCUUUCCAAGCCUCUAUGUGAGCUUGUCGAGCGCAAGGUGCAUCUUAAAAAUGUCCAGGAACCAAGGAUGGCCGGGAAGUCGAAAAAGUCCUCCAAGAGUCGUACCAAAACUCUUGAUAAUAUUGUAAACACUUCGAAUAUUGAACAAGGCUUGAAACGGAUUUCCAAUGAUGUGCCAAAGACCCCCAAGAGUCGUGCCAAAACUCUUGAUAAUGAUGUAAACCCUUUGAAUAUCGAACAAGGCUUGAAGCGGCUUUCCAAUGAUGUGCCAAAGGCCUUCAAGAGUCGUACAAAAACUCUUGAUAAUGCUGUAAACCCUUUAAAUAUCCAACAAGGCUUGAAGCGUCUUUACAAUGAUGUGCCUAAGGCCUCCAAGAGUCGUACCAAAACUCUUGAUAAUGCUGUGAAUCCUUUGAAUAUCGAACAAGGCUUGAAGCGGCUUUCCAAUGAUGUGCCAAAGACCUCCAAGAGUCGUGCCAAAACUCUUGAUAAUGUUGUAAACCCUUUGAAUAUCGAACAGGACUUGAAGCAGCUUUCCAAUGAUGUGCCAAAGACCUCCAAGAGUCGUACCAAAACUCUUCAUAAUAUUGUAAACCCUUUGAAUAUCGAACAGGACUUGAAGCGGCUUUCCGAUGAUGUGCCAAAGACCUCCAAGAGUCGUACCAAAACUCUUGAUAAUAUUGUAAACCCUUUGAAUAUCGAACAGGACUUGAAGCAGCUUUCCAAUGAUGUGCCAAAGAGACAAAGGACUUCUCAUCUUACUAGGAAGCCUUUGGUUGAUAAUAAGGUUCCUUUUGAGAACGUUAGUGUGCCCACAAAGCUGGCAAAGAAAAGAAAGAACAAGAACAUGUCUACUGACUCCAGUCAGAAGGCAAAACCAUUGAUUUUAUGUCCAGAGUCAGAUGGCUGUGCAAGAGCUUCCUCCAAUGGGUGGGAGUGGCGUAAUUGGGCACGCACCGCCACUCCAUCAGAAAGGACUCGUGUGAGAGGGUACCGUGUUCGGAGUAUUCUUUCAACUUCAGCUAAUAAUGUGUGGAAAAAUCCGCAAGUUAAAGGUACAUCUGCACGAACAAAUCGCGUUAAAUUACGAAACCUGUUAGCUGCUUCUGAAGGCACCGAGCUACUAAAAAUUACCCAAUCAAAGGCAAGGAAGAAGCGGUUACGUUUUCAAAGGAGCAAGAUCCAUGAAUGGGGUCUGGUGGCCCUUGAGUCAAUUGAUGCAGAAGAUUUCGUUAUUGAAUAUGUUGGUGAACUGAUUCGCCGGCCGGUCUCAGACAUACGUGAGGCUCAAUACGAGAAGAGUGGAAUUGGAAGCAGUUACCUUUUUCGCUUGGACGAUGAUUAUGUGGUUGAUGCUACUAAGCGUGGUGGUUUAGCAAGAUUUAUCAACCAUUCAUGCGAGCCGAAUUGUUAUACAAAAGUAAUUACAGUUGAGGGCCACAAGAAGAUUUUCAUUUACGCAAAGAGGCGUAUAUAUGCUAGCGAAGAAUUGACAUACAAUUACAAAUUUCCAUUGGAAGAAAAGAAGAUACCAUGCCACUGUGGUUCCCAAAGGAUUUUUUUUCACCCAACUGUUGAUAGCUACAGAAUCGGACACAUUUCUGUAUUUCACCCCAACCAUGGACACAUUUUCAAACGUGCUACUCCCUCCGUUCCUAAAUAUAAGUCUUCUUAGAGAUUUUACUAGGAGGCUACAUACAAAGCA